GUCUUGGUCAGCCAGCUGCUGGAAGCUCUGGCCCAGCUGCGGGAAGACCAGCAAGUGCGUGUUCUGCUCUUCAGAAGUGGAGUGAAGGGUGUGUUCUGUGCAGGUGGAGCAGUUGCGAAAACCAGGGACACAGCAGCGAGCUCUCCCCGGCGUGGACGGAGUAGUGGAGGGGCUCUUGGCACCUUCUCAGCCUGCGCCCAGAUGCUGCGCGCCCUGACCAGCGCCCUGCGCCUUCCAGGCCCCUGGGGACCCCUUCGCACCCGUGGCUGCGCCUCCCAUGGAGCUACUGGGGACCCGGAGAUCCAAGUGCGCGCCCUGACCGGCCGCGACCAAGGAAUCACUGAGAUUCUGAUGAACAGACCGAGUGCCCGCAAUGCUUUGGGGAACGUCUUGGUCAGCCAGCUGCUGGAAGCUCUGGCCCAGCUGCGGGAAGACCAGCAAGUGCGGUGUUCUGCUCUUCAGAAGUGGAGUGAAGGGUGUGUUCUGUGCAGAUGUGAACUCAAAAACUCAAAAGAGGUAAAAUUCCUUGCUAGUAUUACACAGCUAGUAAGAGGUGCUGCAACAGUGGAGUGUCUGUUUCUGGUGCUGGUAUUCUUUCGCAGCCUAGUCAUCCGUUAUGCCAGAAAACUUUCACUGAAGUAG